AUGACGAACGAAAACCCCGACGUCACAGAGCUGUCUGCUGCUCCCACUGCCCAACUUACGAUAAGAUACUCUCCAGUUGACCUCAUCAAAUCACCCACUGAGAAACUCAGAUCAUCAAACCAAAAGAUUUCUUUACCUGUCGAAAUCAUGCUAUCCAUUCUCGAAAUGACUGUUGAACUGGAGCCUCGGAUGAUUCGUCUUGGGUGUCAUCACGACAAAUUCCUCAAAACCAUUAUCGUGAGCGACAGCCCUGCUCAGUUUCACGUUACCUUGAAAUUGAGAGAAUUGCUUCUAACCUCCAAAGUCCUGAUCUCAAAAUCAUUGAUACCUAGCGAAGAAGUGAUCCUCACGUAG